AUGGCUGUGGGUCACAACGACCCGAAGAUAGUGCGAGGGUUCCACUUAGUGGAGGAACUCCAGCAUACUCUGAAGUAUUUACAGGAGAAGCUGAAGAUCUUUAAUGAAGUUAAACAAACCUGUGAUCAAACCGCAAAUCAUAUUAAGAUUCAGACCCAGCACACAGAGAAACAGAUUAAGGAGGCGUUUAAGAAGAUUCACCAGUUUCUACAAGAGGAAGAGGAGGCCAGGAUAGCUGCACUGAGGAAGGAGGAGGAGCAAAAGAGUCAGAUGAUGAAGGAGAAGAUUGAGGGUCUGAACAGACAGAUAUCAACACUUUCACACACAAUCAGAACAAUAGAGGAGGAGCUAAGAGCUGAAGACAUCUCAUUCCUGCAGAACUACAAGGACACAGUGAAAAGCAGUUCUGACUCCAGAAUGUUCUUCCAGUCCACUCUGCCGGAUCCACAGCUGAUAAACAUGGCCAAACAUCUGGGCAAACUGACCUUCAGAGUCUGGGAGAAGAUGCAGGACAUUGUGACAUACACUCCUGUGAUUCUGGACCCCAACACUGCCAACACACACCUCAUCCUGUCUGAGGAUCUGACCAGUGUGAGAUUCAGUCAGGAGAGACAGCAGCUUCCUGACAACCCAGAGAGGAUUGAUUACUGUGGAUGGGUCAUGGGCUCUGAGGGCUUUAACUCAGGGACACACAGCUGGGAUGUUGAGGUUGGAAAUACACACUGGUCACUUGGUGUGUUGACAAAGUCUGUCCAAAGGAAGGGAGUCAUAUGGUGUGGAAUCUGGUUCUACCGAGGUAAAUACAGAGCAGCAUCCUCAUCAGGAUCACUCACUGUUCUCACAGUGAGACAGAAACCCCAGAGGAUCAGAGUGCAGCUGGACUGGGACAGAGGAAAGCUGUCAUUCUCUGACCCUGAUAGAAACACCCACCUACCCACAUUCACACGCGUCACAAUCAGAGCCAUAGAGAAGGAGCUGAGAGCUGAAGACAUCUCAUUCCUGCAGAACUACAAGGACACAGAGAAAAGAGCCCAGUCCAGUCUGCCGGAUCCACAGCUGGUCUCAGGAGCGCUGAUAGACGUGGCCAAACAUCUGGGCAACCUGACCUUGAGAGUCUGGGAGAAGAUGCUGGACAUUGGUCUAAAGCUGUACCGCUGGGAUCGAGACCUGAACCAGUGGAAGGAGCGUGGCGUGGGAGACAUCAAGAUCCUGUACCACCCAGAGAAGAGGUUCUACCGGGUCCUGAUGAGGAGGGAGAAGGUGCUGAGGGUGUGUGCUAACCACAUAAUCUCCCUGGCCAUGGACCUCAAACCCAUGAGCACGUCCGCCAAAGCACUGGUCUGGGCCGCCAUAGAUCACGCUGAGGGCAAGGGCAAGGUGGAGACACUCGCUGCUAAGUUUGAAACACCUGAGCUGGCCGAGUCCUUCAGGAAAACUGUCACAGAGUGUCAGAGCCGCAUGGGCCAAUCAGAUUCCUUGGCUGUGAUGUCAUCCCAGAUGUCCAGAGCCCAGGAGCACUCCCGAGAAUCCAACCCCCGGGUCUACCUCACCAUCACUGCCGACAACGAGAACCUAGGAACCAUCAUCAUUGAACUGUUCCCCCACAUCGUUCUCAAAACGGCAGAGAACUUCCGGGUCCUGUGCAGAGGACAGAAGGGCUUCGGGCUACGCGACUCCAUCUUCCACAGGGUUGUUCCUGACAUCAUGUGCCAAGUGCUGUGUGGCGCUGAAUGAGUGGAUGGUGUUGUGGAUUUGAGGAUCAAGGUGCUGUGUGGCGAUGAAUAAGUGGAUGGUGCUGAAGAUGGAGAUCAAGAUAUGAUGAGGUGUGCUCAUGACUGCCUGAUGUGACGGUGAGGCUGGCAAGGUGGCGGACUGGACGAUCGGCAAAGGUAAGUGCUGUGUUGUGCUCUGAUGUGCAGGUGAAGCUGAUGUGUGUUCUAUGGGUGCAUGUUGUGUGGGUGAGUGUGUUGUUGGUUGUGCGUGUGGUA